AUGAGAAAAUACAAAAAAGUUAUUGGAUCUAAAAAGAAAAGGUAUGGGGACUAUACACAAGAUGCUAUUAAGAAUGCAAUUGUUGCAAUUCAUGAAGGUAAUAUGUCAAUUUGUGAAGCUUCAUCGUCAUUUAGCAUUCCUAAGUCAACAUUACAUCGUAAACUUAAAGGAAUUCAAAUGAGACCUAUCGGCCACCCACCAAGCUUGUCCCCUGAGGAAGAAAGAUCUUUUGUAAAACAUCUUAUUGUGGUAGCAGAGUGGGGGUUUCCUUUUUCAAAUCUAGACUUACACUUGAUGGUGAAAGCCUAUUUGGAUAAAGCUAACCGCCGAGUAAACCAAUUCAAAAAUAACAUUCCAGGGGAAGAUUGGGCAAGAAGUUUCUUAAAGCGCCAUUCAAACGAACUUAGUCGUCGGCAUUGUCAAAAUAUUAAAACUCCGCAUGCAGAAAUGAAGAAAGAGGACUUUGAAAACUACUUUGAAAAUCUCAGUCAGGUCAUAACAAAUGCCCCCCCUGAAAACAUCCUUUAUUAUGAUGAAACAAACUUGUCUGAUGAUCCUGGACAAGAGAAGCUCAUCUUCAAAAGGGGAAAGAAGUAUCCAGAACGAAUUCAAAAUUAUUCCAAAGGGGUAUCAGCAUUAUGUUUGCAGGAACUGCUGCUGGAGAAUUACUACCCAGCUAUGUUGUUUACAAAGCUGCCAAUCUGUGGAACACUUGGACAACUGGAGGACCACGCAGGACUCGGUACAAUCGCUGAAAAAGUGGAUGGUUUGAUACAAUAUGUUUUGAUGAUUGGUUUCGAUCCAUUAUUUUGCCAUGGGCUAGGAAAAUUGAAGGCCCAAAAGUAAUGAUAGGGGACAAUUUGUCAAGUCACUUUUCCAGUGAUGUAUUAGAUUUAUGCGAACAGGAGAAUAUUUCCUUUGUCUGCUUGGUGCCUAAUAGCACUCACCUUUCUCAACCCCUAGAUGUCGCUUUUUAUGGGCCACUAAAGCGUAAAUGGCGUAAAACCUUAAAAGAAUGGAAAUUACAGAACACAGGCCAAGGUACAUUACCUAAAGAUGCUUUUCCGAGGCUCUUAAAAGAGCUUGAAGAAUCUCUAAAUCUGGGUAUUUUUAGGGAAAGUUCAGAGGAAAGUAAAUAAUGAAUGUUAUGUCCAAUGUCUCGAAAAACCAUUUGGUGUGAAAGAACCACAAAGUCUUGAGGAAGACAGUCAAGCAGUCUUUUAUGAAAAAGUCUUUGAGACUGAUGUGCAACCUAAAUUGACAAAGGUUGGAAGAGGAUGGGAAUAUACCUAUUAA